AUGCCCUUAAGUUUUUAUUGCGUUUUUGUAAUCGUGAACCUGUCUGGAGNACAAUCUGUUUAUUUAAAUGGAAUUCUUAAUGGAAUUCGAGUUCCUAAUUCUCCAUUUCAUGGUAAUGCAAAUUACACAACUAUUGGUGCAGUACCACUUAUUAAUGUAAAUGCAGCUCAAAAUGGUUUUAUUGACAAAUUAACAUUUGCAGCACGUAUCAAAAAUACAAGUGAACUUCUUGAUGAAGCAACACUUGUUGCUUAUUUUUCAUUUGAUAAUACAUAUAAUGAUAAUGGACCAAAUCAAAUGAUAAACAUAACAUUUAUUUCAACUAGUUUUGAUUCACAGGGUCGAUUUAAUCAAUGUUUAUUAUUAAAUAAUUUAACAAAUUUGUCUUAUUUUCAAAUCGAUGGAUUAUAUUAUCUUGGCCAAAUAAAUUAUUCUUAUUCAUUUUCCUUAUGGAUAUAUCCAUUAAAUAAUAAUGGAACUAUUCUUCAAGUUAGUUCAACAUCAUGGUGUAUUCCAAUGAUUGGUUAUGAUUCUUCCGGUCAUUUAACAAUUCAAACAAAAGGUCUAAGUGGAAUUUAUUCAAUAACAUAUACAUCUGGAACAAUUUCAUUAAAUCAAUGGACAAAUAUUAUAUUAACUUAUUCAAAUACAAAUGGUUUACAACUAUUUUUAAAUGGAUUAUUUAUCAAUGGAUAUAAUAGUGAUUAUAGUUAUUCAGCUAGUAAUAAUUCAUUAAAUACAAUCAUUCUCGGUAAUUCUAUUACAUUAAAUAAUUGUUCUAUCAGUACAACACAAAUUGUUCCUUCACAAUUUCAAGGAAAAAUUGAUGAAUUCAAAAUCUUUUCUCGUGAAUUAUCAUUGGAUGAUAUUACUGAAUUAGCUCAAGGAACAACAUAUUACACAUAUGGUUCAUCGAGUUUAUGGAAAUUUGAUAAUAAUACUUUCGAUAGUUUAUUAAAUCUAAAUGGAACUACUAUUAAUUCGCCUAGUUAUAUUGCAUCUGGUAUUACUGGUAAUGGUUAUGCUUUGAAGUUGAUUCGUAACAAUAGUCAAUGUGUAACAAUAUCAACAUAUAAAAACUUUGCUAAUGUUAGUUUUACAGUUGAAAUGUGGAUUUAUCCAACUUCAUUAAUUAAUAAUACUGACUAUGGAUUAUUUUCUCAAUAUGGUUCAUUAACAACAGAUAAUUCAUUACACUUAAUAAUUAGAAAUAAUAUUUUAUUUAUGGGAUUUUAUGCUGAUGAUCUUCCAUGUACAACUACAUUGUCGAUAAAUACUUGGUAUCAUGUAGCUUUUGUGUAUGAUUAUCGAUCACGAUCACAAAUUGUUUAUUUAAAUGGUAAUCAAGAUUGUCUUCGUACUUCAGCUGGACCAUUUUUAGGUACAAGUGGUUCAAUAUAUAUCGGAACAUUCAUGCGUUCCCAGGGUAACUUUCAAUAUUUUGAUGGUUAUAUUGAUAAUGUUGAAUUAAAUAUGAGAGUAAAAACUGAUAGUGAAAUUCUUACUGAUGCGACAUUAACAACAUGGCAGUCAUUUGAUAAUAUAUCACUGAUAGAUUCAGGUCCACUUGAAUUAACAAGAACAUAUAGUAAUGUUACUCUGGUAGCUGGAAAAGUUAAUCAAGCUUUAAGUUUUAAUUCAAAUUUAUCUUUUUAUCAAGUUUCUGGAUUUGUUCUUCUUGGUAUUCCUAAUAAUCCAUAUUCAAUGUCUCUUUGGGUUAAACGAACAUCAACAGGUGGAGGUAUUCUUAUUUAUCUUUCAACACAAACAAAUGGAACAGGAUGGUGUGCUGCUCUUAUGGGUUUUCGAUCUACUGGACAAAUUAUUGCUAUUAAUUGGUCUAACACUGGAACAGAAAUAGUUGGUCCUAUUUUAUCUGUUAAUAUUUGGACACACAUUGCUAUGACUUAUUCACCAACUAAUGGAUUAAUUCUUUAUAUAAAUGGAACUAAUUAUGGCACAACAGGUUCAAAAUCUUAUAUUGCUCCAGGACAAAAUAUUAUUUUAACAUUGGGUAAUCUACUUAAUGCAACCUCUUGCAAUAUAAUGUCGAUUACUUCAGACCCUUAUGUUGGUUAUUUAGAUGAAUUUCGUGUCUAUUCUCGAGAAUUAUCUGCCAUAGAUGUUUAUGAACUUGCUAAUCCUUAA